AUGACAUCUUCCGAACAAGCAAAUGCUGCCCUCAAUGAUACUUUGAAAGAUGUUCAAUCCCUCAUCAAACAAUGUAUGAAGUUGAAAGCAGGCGAUUCAGCAACGGCAUUGGCAUUGUCAGAUGAGAUUGCUAGGCGCUUGGCAAAAGAUUUAAAACACUAUGGAGAGAGUGCAACAUCGUUCUCUCCCCAGCUGCUGUCAUGCGCAGCGGUGGUACAGCAGUACUCUAAAGGCGGCAUGUUUAAAUCAUCGCUGGACUGGACAACUGUCGGCAACAAUGACCCAUGCAUUAAGGAUCAUCCGUGUUUCCACAAGACUAUGAAUUAUCGAGCUCCUACUGGUUCCAAGACGACGGAACCUGAUCUUGCCUCUCUCGCUCAAACAGAUGUACAAGAAGCUGUCCUAUCAUCUCUGUCUCUUGACGGUCCGGAGGGCAGUCGUAUGGCCGAUAUCCAAAGUGAUGCUCCUGCAAAGCUUCUCCCGAGCACGGAGAAACCUCAACAUACAAUUUCCUCAGAAACUUUUGCUACAAUGGCACCACAUUCGCCCCCGCCAACUUUAACAAAGGCCUUGGAACCUCUCACUCCUCUGCCCAUAUCAAUGGCGCCCGCGAAGACACCGGAAAAGACUGUUUUGAAAGGAGACCCAAAGACAUGGGAGAAGACUCAUAAACAACGUCGUAAUGAUAAAAAAAGGCAAGUGGAAGACAAUGUCGCCGACGAAACGGAUAUGAUACAUAGGCCUUCCCUGCGUCCGUUAUCCCGGCAACUGAAAAGGAAGAAGAAGUUUAUGUCAGAUGAGGAAGAGGAGAACCAGGCCCAUGGAACUAUAUAUGUAGCACAGAAGCAGCACACGUCAUCAUCGACGGCUAGUGCAGUUGCAACAGGGUUAAGUGCAAUGCCAUCUGACCCGGUCGGUGAUGAGGGUUUCUGGGAUGUGGACACCAGGCCUGCCAGAUGGGGUCGGGAUUCCACCAUUGCCACUGAGGCAGAGUAUUCCAUUCAUCACCACCCCCGGAAGUGCGACAAAUGCGUGAAAUUAGACAUACCUUGUAUUGUCCUCCCGGAUAAGAAGUACGGUUUCACUAGACUCGCCUGCGCGAACUGCGACGAGAUGAAGAUCACUUGCACAAUCGAUGGUGUCGGUGUCUGGGAGAGGUUGCAAGCCAAGACUAAGUCAACAGAAACCAGUGUGCACCCUCCCGCAAAACAUUCUAAGACUGUUACGCACUCAAAUAGAUCUGUUAUGUGGAACCCUAAGAGGGGUGUCGUCCGCUAA